CGGGCCGGGCGCGGAAGUGACGCGCAGUCCUGACGUGUCCUGGUGCUCGGGACUGUUCUCGGAGGUUCUGGACGGUUCUCCCCCUCUCCCGCCGCCGCGAUGUUGGAUUUCUUCACCAUCUUCAGCAAGGGCGGCAUCGUGCUCUGGUGCUUCCAGGGGGUGAACGGACCCUUCAGCGGCACCGUCAACGCGCUCAUCCGCAGCGUCAUCCUCCAGGAGAGAGGAGGAAACAACUCAUUCACUCAUGAAGCCCUCACUCUUAAAUACAAGCUGGACAAUGAGUUUGAAUUGUUGUUUGUGGUGGGCUACCAAAAAAUCCUGACGUUAACCUAUGUGGACAAGUUUAUUGAUGAUAUCCACAUGUUAUUUCGAGAUAAAUAUAGAAACCAGUUACAGCAGAGAGGAGUGCUGGGCCUCCUUAGUGGUUCCUUUGAUUUUUUGGAUGACUUCCAAGACUUCCUGAAGGAUGCUGAGGAACGCACCAGAGAAAAAGCACCAUCUGUCAUGAAAACAUUUAAACAAUCUGAUAAAUCAAGGAAAACUGUGAAAUCUAUGAUAGAAAUCCGAGGUGAAAAAGGGAAGGAGAACAAGAAAAUCAAGAAAGAAGCCCCUGUACCCGAGGCACCUCCACCAGAAAAGAAACCUACCGUCCAGUUAAAGACUCCUGUAACCAUGACUGUAGGUGAUGCUAACCAAAAUGGUUUGACUCAGGAAGAAAUCAUCCAGAAGAAUAGGGAGGAAUUUUUCCGUAAAAAAUUGGGAAAAGAGAAAAAAGAAAACAGCAGCAAGUCCCCCAAACCAAGUAAGCAGAAACCGCGCCGUGUCUGGCCUCUGGAUUGUAAUAAUGCUAACUCCAAAGAGCUGGAUUACAGUGAAAAACUGUUCAAUGGUCAGUCCAGUGCUGUCACCAACAAUGGAGAUGAUACCAGUGUAGAUGUGAAUUUGUAUCGUGGGUCAAUGGCAGGAGAUUUGAAAACUGUUGAUUAUGAGAGUUGUGAGGAAGAGGAAGAAGAGGAGGAGGAGGAAGAAGAAGAAGAAGAAGAAGAAGAGGAGGAUGAAGCAGUUGUACAAAAGAUUUCUAACACCAGCAUGAAGAAGGGUGGCAUUGGUGGUAUGUUUGGAAUGCUGAGAGGUCUUGUUGGAUCAAAAAACCUUUCCCCUCAGGUGAUGGCCCCUGUGCUUGAAAAGAUGAAGGAUCAUUUAAUUGCUAAGAAUGUUGCUGCAGAUAUUGCUCUUCGACUAUGUGAAUCAGUGGAAAAGAAGUUGGAAGGGAAGGUGAUGGGAACAUUCAGCACAGUGACAUCCACAGUGAAGCAGGCCUUGCAAGAUUCUCUGGUCCAGAUCCUGCAGCCCAAGAGACGUGUUGAUAUCUUGCGUGAUGUUUUGGAAGCUCAGAAACACAAGCGGCCAUUUAUCAUUACUUUCUGCGGCGUGAAUGGAGUUGGAAAAUCUACCAACCUUGCCAAGAUCAGCUUCUGGCUGAUGGAGAAUGGAUUUCGGGUUCUUAUUGCUGCCUGCGACACGUUCCGAGCUGGAGCAGUGGAGCAGCUCAGAACUCACACUCGCCGCCUGAAUGCCCUGCACCCACCAGAGGAACACCAUGGUCAAAGCAUGGUCCAGCUCUUUGAGAAGGGAUACGGGAAGGACGCUGCUGGCAUCGCAAUGGAGGCCAUUGCAUUUUCCCGAAAUCAGAGCUUUGAUGUGGUUUUAGUAGAUACUGCAGGGCGUAUGCAGGACAACACCCCCUUAAUGACUGCUCUUGCCAAACUCAUUGCCAUUAAUAUGCCAGAUCUGGUACUAUUUGUUGGUGAAGCAUUGGUAGGGAAUGAGGCAGUCGAUCAGUUGGUAAAAUUUAACCAGGCUCUGGCUGACCAUUCAAUGUCUGAAAAGCCGCGGCUGAUUGAUGGCAUUGUGCUGACCAAAUUUGAUACAAUUGAUGAUAAGGUUGGUGCUGCCAUUUCUAUGACCUACAUCACUGGCCAACCAAUAGUCUUUGUUGGAACAGGACAGACCUACAAUGACCUGCGCAGCCUCAAUGCCAAGGCUGUUGUCAGUGCCCUGAUGAAGGCUUGAGUAUCUGCUUUACAACACUCUUAGCGCACCCAGUGCCACUAAAUUCCCCAACGUCAGCCCAUCACUGAUUAUUCUGUGCAUAAUGGAGGAUUAUUGAUUAUGUUGUGUGGAAUCACCUGUUGGCAUUGCAACUUCUCCAGCAUUGUUCAGUCUGCUGCAUUUCCUUCCCGGUGUUUUUUUAAAAUAAGUACACAGAGGAUGUUGUCACAUCACCAGUCAAGGAAAGAGAUGAACUGCUUUUCCGUUUUUUUAAAAAAAAGUCUUUAAUUCUUAGUGCAAUAAACUUGAGUAUCGGCUGCCUGUGAAUUACAGAGAAAAUGUAAAGAGAAUUUAUUAAAUAAAGCUGCUAUCAUUGUU